AGUACACCAACUAAACACAUAAACACAAUUCAACAUAAACUCAGCCCACCUCAGCGGCUCCCACAACCGUAUAAAUACAUGCCCCUCUACGCCUUUGGAUCCAAUGGAUCCGGCCAAUUAGGCAUCGGGCACGACGAAGACGUCUCACUCCCCACUGAAUGUUUAUUUGAAGGCUUAGAGCUAGAUAUUCUACAGUCAACUGAAGGCAAAUCAACCAAUUGCAUUCGCCGCAUAGCAGCAGGUGGCAACCACACCCUUCUUCUAUUCUCCGAUGGAGCCGUGUACGCAGCGGGGUGUAACGACGAUGGGAGAUGUGGCGUUGAGCCCGGGGAUUCUUUAAUGAGAUUCCGGAGGGUCGUUGCACGGGAUGAUGAUGAUGGGAGUGGGCAGUCUUGUGAGACGUUCAGGGACGUUUCGGCGUGUUGGGAGGGGACUUUCCUUGUUGCUGCUGAGGGAGAUAGGUUGUUUGUGCUUGGGUCUGGGGCGAAGGGGGAACUGGGGCUUGGGGAGGGGGUGGCACGGGCUACUAGGCCUGUGCUAGUUAAGGAUUUCCCGCCGUCUGGGACAGAGGUCGUGAGUGUUGCGAGUGGUAUGGGACAUACGGUUGUUGUGUUGUCAGAUGGAGAGGUGUAUGGGUGGGGUGCGGCGAGGAAGGGGCAGCUUGGGGAGGUGGCGAAGAGGAAAAAGAUUGUUUGGGAGCCGGUUAGGGUUGGGGGGGUGCCGUUUCGGGCGACGGGUGCUGUUUGUGGGCGCGAGUUUACGGUCGUUACGGGGGAUAGGACCAAGAGGGAGUUUGUGAUCUUGGGCUCCGCAGAUAAUAGGUGGAAUGUUUUGUCUGAUGUGCCUCCCGCUUUGGGGGCGUAUCGUGGUAUCUGGGCAAGUUGGCAUGGUGUCUAUGUACAGCAGGAUGGGGGUGUUUUGGCUUGGGGGCGGAAUGAUCGUGGUCAGCUUCCGCCAGUGGAUUUGCCGGCUGUGAGGGAGUUGGCGGUGGGAAGUGAGCAUGCUCUUGCUUUGCUUGAGGGUGGCACUGUUGUGGCAUUUGGUUGGGGGGAGCAUGGGAAUUGUGGGCCUGUUGCUGAUGAACAGGGGAAUGUGAAGGGGAAGUAUGCAGUGAUUCCCCUCCCUAUGGAAGCGGAGUCCCUUGUUGUUGGUGUUGGGGCCGGUUGUGCGACUAGCUGGGUUGUCAUGUCGUGACCUGCGCAUGGUCUCGCACGGAGGGGAAGUAGAUUUGUUUACUUGAUUUCGGGUACUGGAUGAUGGGCCAUGGCUGGCGACCUUCAUCCAGCCAAUAUGUUAUUGGAGCAAGAGUCUAAUUCCCUCAGUCGAAGAGACCAAGACCGUGAAGCUAUGGAAUGUCAGCGCGGUUCUUGUGGCGGAGCGGGAUUGUCUUACCUGUGAGAUACGUUGCGUCGGGGGGAUACCCAUAUCUUCAUCAUGGCUUGUGUCUUGGUGAGGCAUGCUGGGCUCAUUAUCUCG